UUCACGCGCGAUAGCCUUCCUCGCUUUCUUUGUUCUGUUCUCUGUCCGGUGCGAGUUUGCUACGCCGGCCAGAGCCAGUGAUGGCGACGCCGAAACUCCUCUCACUGUCAAAGCUUCUUCGUCGCCGGCGACCGACUCUCUUCAUCUCCUCUUCACGCCCACUCUGCUAUGUCCUCUCCAGCAAUCUCUCAAGCCCAAGAUGCGUUUCUCAACCUACACCAUCGACUCUGCACCCUUUCGCUUCUGCCAAUUUCUUCUUAGAUCGCUCUCUGUUCACUCGGUCUUCCGAACACGGCCGUGGUCUGGACCCGGGAGGCGGUGAGUCGGCGGCCCCGCUCGGACAAGAGGAGGGGCUAUCUGGCCUAGGGCUUGUCGCAGGUGAUGGUGAUGAUGGCAGUAAUGGUUCAGAAGUUGCGGAGGCACUGAAUAGUGUUGGUGAAGCUGGUGCUUUUGAGGAGUCGCUUCUUCCCGUUAAUGCUGUUAUCUCCUUUCUCGAUUGGUACCACGACCUCACUGGCUUCCCUUGGUGGGUAAUAAUCGCUUCCUCAACUUUUGCUCUAAGAGUUACGUUACUUCCGGUACUUAUACUGCAACUCAAAAAGCUAAGAGAAAUAGCAGAAUUGUUUCCUAAAUUGCCUCCUCCAUUUCCGCCGCCUCUCUCAGGAAAGAGUUAUAUGGACCAACUUUCACUCUUUCACAAGGAAAGGAAAGCAGUUGGGUGCCCUUCAUAUUUAUGGUUCAUAUCAUAUGUUUUAGUCCAGGUCCCAUGCUUUCUCUUGUGGAUGACAAGCAUCAGGAGGAUGUCACUGAAUCACCAUCCUGGGUUUGAGUGCGGAGGUGCUCUGUGGUUCCAGAAUUUGACUGAGUUUCCCCAUGGAAUUUUAGGUCCCUUGUUCCCGUUAAUUAUUGGCAGUUUACAUUUUGUUAAUGUAAAGUUCUCCUUUCAGACAUCCUCAGUUGGAAAAGUGCCUGGCUUGUUUGGCUUAUUAACCAAAUGUUACAAGUUUUAUUUGAAUCUCUUGACGCUACCUAUAAUUCUCAUUGGCUUUUAUAUCCCCCAGGGUAGCUUGGUCUAUUGGGUGACUAAUAGUUCAUUGACUCUUAUUCAGCAAAUCACUUUAAAAAAUCUCAAUGUUCGUGAAAAGCUGGGACUACUGGACAAGGGGGCUCCAGUAACUACUGCAAACCCUAAAGAAAUUGAUAUACCUAGAGGAACACAACAGGAUCAGCUGAGACAGGGUGGGACGAUAUCUGUACAGCAUCUAUCACCUGAAGAACUGCUUGCUUUGUCAGUCCAACUAUUGGCUAAAGGUCGCAAGGAUGGAGCAUUUCCGCUGCUACGAUUGGCACUUGAUAAGGAUCCUGAAUAUGUGAGAGCCUUGGUUGUUAUGGGACAGGCACUACUGCAAAAUGGACAGGAAGCAAAGGCUAUUGAAUACCUGGAGAGUGCCAUCUCCAAGCUUUUUCUCCUGGGUCAUCCAACAGAAGUUGAGGAGGUAGAUAUGUUGAUUCUUGCUUCUCAGUGGGCGGGUGUCGCCUAUAUACGUCAGGGUAAUAAGGCAGAGGGCAUUAGGCAUCUAGAACGAGUAGCCCACUUGAAAGAGCCAGAAGAUUCAAAGAGCAAGGCCCAUUAUUAUGAUGGGUUGCUACUGCUUGCGAGUGCUUUGUAUGGAGAAGGCCGUAAGGCUGAAGCUGCCAAGUACUUGCGCCUGGCUGUUGCUUAUGAUCCGUCUUAUAAUGAGUUCUUGGAACAAUGUGAGAAGGAUGAGGACAGUUUUGUUGAUGAUCUUGUCAGCAGCAGAAGAGGGGACUACUGAAAAUUAGGUCACUUUUAUAAGGGGGCCGUGACAGGUAACAUGUUGCUUAGUUAUUGUUACAAUUAAUAAGACCCUUCUCUUCCUUUUCAUCUCUUCAUAAUCUAUUGUUACUAUUCAUAAGACCCUUCUCUUCAUAAUCUGUUUCAGAUUCAUUUUCAGUGUAAAUUAAGCAAGGAAUUUGUGGGUGA